UAUAGUCGAACGAUAAACCUGUUUCUUUGUUCGUGCGCAGCUGCAAAAGAACGAGGGGGUGAGACAAAAUCUGCACCGAGACUAUACCCACCAUCUACUACAAUUCAGUGUAUCACUGUACGUUAAUGCAAGCUAUUCGAAGCAUCAGAGCAACGAGAAAUCAUCACGAUGAACAUGAAGACUUAUUUUGCAAUUUUAGUCUGCGCAAUGAGUAUUGCCGUAAUAAACGCUACAACAGAUGACCAAAUACCUCUGCAAAAAAAAUUGUUUGUGUCAAUUUACUAUAGUGCUCGCUCUACAGCUAGUAUACAUUUUAUUUUGACAAAACUCAAGCCACUCUAUUGCAGUAUACAAAAUUAUGUUUUCUUGGACUUGGUGCCAUUCGGUCAUGCUUAUAGCACAAAUUUUGGAUUUUAUUGUACAAACGGCCAUAUUGAGUGUCGUGCCAACACAAUACAUAAUUGUGUGUUCGACCAAUUUCCUCACAAUUCUACAGCUCAUUUGGAGUACUUGGGUUGUGCAUUACAUCAUGCGGAUAAUACAAUACAUUUUGAAGAAAAAUGCGCUGGUUAUGUUGGACUCAGCAUAGAUGAAGUUCAUAUGUGUGCUACUACCAGAAAGGGCUAUUUGCUUAUGUUGACGGCUGAAAUAGAUACUAAGGAUAAAACUCAUGGACCACGAUUUGUACCUUCUUAUGUUUUUGAUGAUUUUUACAAUGAUCGUGAUCAAAGACUUGCGCAAGAGGAUUUUGAAGCAAUACUUUGUCAGAAAUUAAUCGACCAUGGGUUUACAAAUGUUUGCAAAACCAUUAAUAGUGUUUUGAGAGUGAAUAAAGUUUGUUAAAAAGAAACUCAAGAACUAUGCAAGUAGCAAGUUCCAAUAGGUACUAAUGAUAAUAUUAAUAAAAAAAAAAAUAAUAUGUUUUCAUCGAUUAAUAAUUUUAUAUUAAGAUUAAUUUUGAAUACACAUAACCACCAUAAGUGUAACUUUCAAUUCCACCAAUAGUGAUUAAGUGUAAAAAUGUGUAAAAAAUAUUGACAUUCUUUUCAUAGUAUGAAUUAAUAAGCUAUUGUAAUCUGUGGAGUGCCAAAACUGUACAUUAAAUUAAAGUAUAAUACAUGUAUGAAUGUUAUAGAAAUUGUUUUAGUAGAAAUCAGACUAGUUUUCUUUUGGUGGAAUUGAGAAAUGUAUACUAUUGGUGGAAACAUUAUUAUU